GCUGCUUUGCUGUUCAAGAUGAUGUCUGCAGCAUUUUAUGGCCUCAAUGAAAAGUCAAGGACAAGUGUCUCCUGUGCUUGGAACCAGUUUUAUAGGAAAAAGCCAAAACCUGUGGACAUGAUUAAUUUCGACAACCCAAAACCUCUCCGGAAGAAGCGCCGUCGAAGAGUCCUUUCCACUUCUGUCGAGAACGAUGAUGGGUUUGACGCAGCCGAGGCACUCCGCAGUCUAAAGCGCAUUUGCCCUUCCGCAUGUAUCCUGACUAAAGGCGACUCUGACACUGACACUGCAUCAGAAGAUGAAGACUUACCACCAGUUAGUAUUUUAUUUCUUUGUCUGCAUUUAGUGCAUUAAGCCUAUUACAGAAUAACACAUAAAUCUGAAAUCGAGUAAGAACUCAGAUCUUAAA